UGAGCACUAAUAUCAUAGCUUCAUAAAUUAAUACGUAUAGUUCAACUAUAUUUUUAAUUUAUUUAUCAAUAGAUGGUGUCCAAAGGGUCUAUUAAAGGUACUUACGUAUUAACGCAACAAGGCCAAAAUUCGCAUAAAUUGCCAAAUUUGGCGACCCUACUUACGGCAACCCUACGUGCUAUACGUGGUUUUUCGUAAUACCUUAUCGAAUUUAUAUGGCGCCAAGCUCAAGCUGUUAAUGGCGAAGACGGUUUUCAAUCAGUGCUAAAAGCAAUAGCCUAAAGAUUUCCGCCGAAAGAAUAACUUACUUUAUCUAUUGGUACCUAUGUAGUAUAUUUGCUAAUUCUGAACUCUACUCUCCCACCGAAAAAAAGUGUUUAUAACCCAGUUAAUACUGUCUGGUUUUUAUUUUGUAGAUACAAGGACAGAUUUAUCAUCGAAUUGGAUCAUUAAUAAUGCCGCGACCAAGACGAUCGAAUCUUUCCCGACAAAGCCGUGAUGCAAGAAGAAUACGAAAUACUGCAAAUGAAAGGACUGAAGAAGAACAAGAAAUUGCACGUGAACAGCGCCGCGAUAGUAUGGCUCGACUUCGUGCUUAUCAAUCACGAGAGCAAAGUGAAGCAGCUCGAACAAGAUAUUUAUCAAGUGCUGAUUUGAAUCGAGCAGCGUUUCAAUACGAUUGCAGCAAUGAUUACAGCUUGCAUCCUAGCGUUUGCAUUGGGCAAAUGGACGUAGUUUGCGAGCAUUGUGGUGCAUUAAAGUUUUCCGGAGAAACGCCUGGAUUAUGCUGCCUUAAUGGUAAAGUGAAAUUGCCAUUGUUGACUCCGCCACCUGAGCCAUUGUAUUCAUUGCUUUGUGGCGAAACACAAGAAUCACGCCACUUUCUUGCAAAUACUCAAAAAUACAAUGNCAGGUCCGCGGUGAUGAAAAGGUUGGGGAACACUGACAUAAAGUAUCAGUUAUUCUUCCAAUGUACUAACAGAUGUAACAAUUUAUGA